AUGUCGUCUACCGUCGAGCCCGCGACCCGGACGUCCUCAGUGGCGUCGUCUCCUCGGUUGAACUCCGUCGAGGCUGCGAAGCUGGACCACGUUGAGGUCGAGUCCGGGUACGGUUCCGCCACAGAUGCCUCGUCGACUGCGUCAUCCAUCCCUGCGCUCCCGCUCAUCUCCCUCACCCAGCCGCACCUCAAGCACCUCAACGACCAGCUUGAGAACAUGCACCCCAUCGACAUCCUCCGCUUCGCCAAGGUCAUGUUCCCCAACCUCUUCCAGUCGACGGCAUUCGGCCUGACGGGUCUCGUGACCCUCGACAUGCUCUCCAAGAUUCAAAAGGAGAACCCCGCCGCCGCCAACGUCGACCUCAUCUUCCUCGACACCCUCUACCACUUCAAGGAGACGCACGGCCUCGUCGACCGCAUCAAGGAGCGCUACCCCAACGUCAAGCUGCACAUUUUCAAGCCCUACGGCGUCAACUCCACCGAGGAGUUCGAGGCCAUGUACGGCCCCAAGCUGUGGGAGACCGAAGCCGAGAUGUACGACUGGAUCGCAAAGGUCGAGCCCCUCCAGCGGGCCUACCAGGAGCUCGGGGUCGCCGCCAUCCUCACCGGCCGCCGCCGCUCGCAGGGCGGCGCCCGCGACAAGAUCCCCAUCAUCGAGGUCGAUGACGAGCGCGGCGUCAUCAAGAUCAACCCCAUGGUCAAGUGGUCGUUCCAGCAGGUGCAGGAGUACAUCAAGACCCACAACGUGCCAUACAACGACCUCCUCGACCGGGGUUACAAAUCUAUCGGCGACUGGCACUCGACCGUCCCGGUCAAGGAGGGCGAGGACGAGCGCGCCGGCCGCUGGAAGGGCCAGCAGAAGACCGAGUGCGGCAUCCACAACAAGAAGUCGCGGUACGCCCAGUACCUCGAGGAGAUGGAACGCAAGGCCGUCGAUGCCAAGGCCGCCGCGCCGUCGUCAUCUGCCGAGGCGGAGAAGAAGGGCGAGGCCGCCAUCGCGCCCGUCGUCAAGGCCGAGAAGGAGGAGCAGGCGAUCGCAUCCGUCUGA